UUUCGACGAGGUUCCGUGGAGAGGCUUCGUUGGGUAUACCGUUUGUAGCACUGCAGCCAUGGUCUGUUUUCUCGCGAGCAUCGCCGAUCGGUUUUAAAAGGCACAAUGGAUGACCGUCAGACUCGUGAGACGCAUCGAUCACUAUGUUUUCUUCAAUGUAGCGGGAAUCAAGGGCGCCUCUGUUCUGCCGCACCACUGGAACACGCUCUCGGGCGUUGAGUAAUAGGGCAGACAGUGCCCCAAGACAGCACCAUGGCUGCUUCGAAGCAGUCCUUGAGCUGUCGAACGUCUUCCACGAGUCGCAUCAACACGGAGUGCAUUUCUCACCAUUGGACGAUCGAAAACUUCCGAAAAUGCCAGUUCUUUCAGAGUGGGACGUGCCACAGCGAAGAGUUUCCAAAGGACUCGCUUCAAGUGAGGCUCAAGCUGAGGAUGGACUUAGCUCGGGACCACGCCUCCAUCUGCGUCGUUCCCGUACAAGGGAUGCAGGGUCGAAACUGCGUCUACACUCUCACUUUGCUCGGCGAAGGGGGAAGACCAGUCCAGCGUUACUUCCACAACGGGUUUCACUCUCUCUACCGAGGAACAAAUAAUUAUCACGGAAUCGAGAUAGCGAAAUCGUUUCUCUACGACCCUGACAUUCAAUGUAUGAACGGAGACUCCCUCAGCAUCCUCUUUGAAGUCGAGUUCCUGGCCGAGAGCACGAACACUCCGGUCAGAAAGUCUGACAUCCCGGUCAGCCCUCUCCUGAAGAACAUCUCUUCGCUGCUGGAAGACAAGACGUUUGGAAAUGUUCAGCUUGCCGUUCAGCGGCGGAACCUGUAUGCGCACCGCGACGUAUUAAUGCUGUCGUCGCCGGUGUUCGGCGCCAUGUUCACGCAUCCUACGAAGGAAUCUCAAGAGCAGGCCAUCAACUUACCCGACCAGUCGUUCGAUGCGAUGAAAGAGAUGCUGCUGUUCAUAUACACGGGUGAGGUGCCAAACUUGGACAAGGUGGCUGAAGACCUGUACGUAGCCGCGGACAAGUAUUCGAUGGGCGACCUGAAAGCGCUCUGCGGAGACUAUCUCGGUGCAAACUUGACUGUGGAAAGAGCUGCGGACGCGUUCGUUCUCUCAAAUAUGUACAGUGACAAUGACUUGUGUAAAAGCAUCGCGAGGUUCAUUGCCGACCACCUGGUGGCAGUGAGGAGGACCAUGGGGUGGAAGAAUAUAUGGGGAAAGCCCGACAUAACGGAAAAACUUUUUAUGCAUAUCGCUGACAUAGGAAGCACUCCCGACUCCCCGAAAUGAAGGGCGUUGUAUGGCAGUGCCGUUCGAAUGUAUUAAAUGUGGUGAUAAGUGUAAGCAGCGUGCUACGAUCAGAGUGUAGCAUCCAGGGAAGUUGUGAUUUUGAUCACGAUUGAUUUUGAUUUCGAUCCCUUUUAUACCAAACACAAGCGUAAUGAAACAUGGCUUACAUCCUGUUCCUUGCAUGUGCAAAUAGAAAAAUUCGAGGUACAGUGCAGUCCCGUUAAUUUGAAAUUCUGUUAAUUUGAAAUCAUCUAUUCGAACUGAUGCUCUCGUCCCAGCAAAAUCGUGUAUUUCUAUGCAGGGGAAACGCUCAGUAAAUCAAACACAUGAACAUGCACUGCGUUUUUUUUUCGCUGGCGCAUUUAGUACGCAUUGGCUCGCAUGCUGCUAGCAUGCCAGGGACGCCUUUACUUAUUAAGCCUUUAUUAUUAAGUUUAUUGUAUUAUUAAGUCAUACCACGAUCAGCUUAUACCGGAACACCUCUUACAAAGACAUACGAUACCAGGAUAACACUCACUUAUUAAUUCAAGUUAUACCGGGAAAGACCACACAAGGGAAAGAAAUAUUGCAGAAUAUGACUUGUAGUGAAGAAAACAUAUGAAUUCCACAAAUAACAUUUACUGAAGCACACCAAAGGGUCGGGAAACCAAAUGGAAAUUGUCCCACAUUUUCGUCAGACUAAUAAUCAUUUGAGUAGGUGAACGGCCUGAAGCUGUAUUCCGGCUCAUCACAAUGCUAUCCCCAAGAGGUCCAUUGGCACACUUCUCCAGGCGCUGCAAUUCACUUUCACUGUUCUGUUAUGACUACGUGUUCGCAUGUAAUUUCACGGUGAGGUCUUCUUUCAACAAGACUUACACUUUGUUGCUAAUUUUUUCGCCCAUCAAUUUCGAAGCCCUAUUCAGAAAGCUAUGUAAAGUGGCAGCCAGGUGCAAGAGGCUUGUGUUGUGUGUGACUGAUAUCAGUUUAGGAUGUUCUCAAUAUUCUUCAGUAAGUGUUAUUUGUGGGAUUUGUACAUUUCCUUCACUAUAAGCAGAGCAUCACCCCAAACCAGAACCAAAAACAGAAAAGAACAGAUAUUUUUUUGCCAGAACCGAACCGAAAAGGCCGCCGUCAUCUUGGAGCUGUACCUGAACCAAACCGAUUUAGAAAAUUUCGGUUACCAUUUCAAAACUGGUUCCAAAGGCAUUGACAGUUCAAGACGGACCGUUUUUCGUAUUACCCCAACCUGUUCCAAAAGUGACCGGUUCAUGCGACAUUUUUUUCAACGAGAGUCUCCAAUACAAGCGGAAAUGCAUAGCUGGAUGCCCGCAUCGAUGGAGACAACGUAUGACAACUGCGCUCUAUAGUUUCGUUACAGUGCUCUUCAGUUACAGUGUUACCCUUCUAGAACACUGUAGUUUCGUUUUCCCACAAGCGUUCUUUCACAGCUUUGCGGCCAUCCUGGCAGCUAUACUGCUUUCCGCCACCUUUAGUCAGGCACGGUUUCAUGCCCGCACCAACUAGUGUGUACCUGGGGGGGUGCGCCCUCCUAAUCUGUGUAACCUAACCUAGCUAAAAUGCACUUACCUGAUCUAACCCAAGGCUCAUACCUUUCGCAAGAUCACCCAUCCGAAGCCGUUAGGCUUACCGUGACCGUGUUUUUCUAUGGUUCAGAUGAUGUUAAUGAAAUGCAUAUAAAAAAGGUUCUAGACCACAGAAUUUUAUAAUUCUUAUAUUUUUAGACUCUGUAUAUGGCCUCCUCUCACUUCCACACAUUAUUUCACUUUUAAACGCACUCACGAACUUUUAAAAGCCACCAGUCCCACUGCUAUAGUACAGACCAUGGGGAUAAAGGUUCUGGAACUUUCCUACCGUUUAUUUUAGUGCGUAUACCUUGUGCAAUGAUCCGGUUGGAACAGAUAUGUGUGUCCUCCUGGAGCUGAACCAAACCGGAAAAAAAUUUGGCUUGAUGCUCUGCUACAAGUCACAUUCUGUGAUCUUUUUUUUUUCCUCGUAUGGUCUCUCUCGGCAUGACUUUAAUAGGUAUGAGAUAAACGUGGAACAAAUUCACUUUGCAUGAUGUGUCCUGGUACCAGUCCCAUUAUAUUCCGCCGCAAAUGUGGGGCAAGGUCUAGUGAGCAAUGACGCGUCAGAUCUUCGGUACUCUUCAGUUCGCAUUAAUGGGAUUGCGCUGUCCCCCCCCCCCCCCCCCCAAGGUUUGGAAAUUCUGCACUGCAUACUUUUAGCUCUUCAUCCUACAUACAUAAUGCUGUGAUUAUACUCAUGAGCAUUCUAAGAGGGGAUGUGCUAAGAACACACAGUGCAGGACCCUAGAAGUUUUCUUUUUGUGGUGAAAUGUUUGAUCACACAACGUUUUAAUGCAAACAAUACAGAUGCAACACAUCUGCAGAGCACUCCUGUUUUUGUACCAGUUGUCAGACAGGUGUGUUAUGCGAUCAAAUCAGUCAAUUAAGAGCAAGGCCACGUGUUGCACAAGUGCAGAGCUUUGGCUCUAGCAUUGAGAGAUUAAAUGUUUUUCUCAGAAUGCG